AUGAGCGUGGAGAUUCUGGACGGGAAAACGAUGCAGAGCUUCGUGGAGGACGAGGGCGCCUUCAACGCCUCCGUCGACGGCCGCUUUGCGGCGCUCGACGGCAACCAUGACGGCGUCCUCUCGUACCCCGAGAUGGCCGGGGAGCUCAUGAGCCUCCGGGUCCUAGAGAAGCACUUCGGCGUUGACGAGGCCGGCGCCAUGGACGACGAGCUCGCGGGGCUCUACCGUUGCCUGUUUGCGCGCUUCGACCGGGACGGCGACUGCGCGGUGGACCGCGAGGAGUUCCGGGCCGAGAUGAAGGAGGUCAUGCUCGCCGUGGCCAACGAGCUCGGGUUCCUGCCAGUGCAGAUGGUCGUCGAGGAAGGGAGCUUUCUCAAGGUGGCUGUCGACAGGGAGCUGGACGGAGCUGCCUGA